AUGAGCGCUAUGUAGCUUCGAACAUGGCAAUGGAGAUACCAUUACCCCAUCCGCAAACCAUACGCAUGGCUGGCUUCUCCGCAUUCUCUAAAUCGGUGCACGUGUGGACGUUGAAGGGGCAACUUAUGUUGUCCUUCUCACCGUGGCUACCCGCAGGCAUGGAGCCGGCGGCGGAGAGACACUGUCGUUUGUCUCCUUCCCACCACUCCUCCCGGCUCUCUCAGUCCUGCAGCGAAGCCGACAGCAUGAUUUGAGGUGUUGUUACCCUCCGCCAUCUUCGCCACUAUGACGGAUCAACACCACCAACUUCCACCCCGCACUCGUGUGGAAGAGUACGAAGAGCCGCGGCCGAACAACGGCAUCUAUCGAUUCCGUUGCAGGACCACGACCACACCCUCCACAGCUGCUGGUAUACAUCGCGUGAUCGACGAGCAGGUGAUCGAAGAGACCGUGCGCUGGCCAAACAACGAGCAGCGCCGGCGUAAGGAAAGAUGCGCAACGAUACAGCAAAGUCUGGACGCAGUAACGCUUUCAUUUACACUCAGAGUUGCCGCGGAAGAGUGCGCGCUGGGGCAGGAACCAAGGACGCAUUACGAUGAUGUGUUUUCCUUUGACUACGACGUCAACGACGCCCUCCGCCACAUCAGCGGGUGGGAGGACGAGCAUGCGCAGGCGGAAGUGUUGCCCGCGGUGCCGCAGCCGCUCGUGCUGCUUCCGCCCGCUCAAAUCACUACUACCCGAGGGAGCGCGGCGAACCUUCGGCCCCGCUUAGCGCCACCUCCUCCUUCUCCUCUCCGUCCUCCGGUGCACGAGCCUCGACCGGCGCUGAGUGGCUCCCUGAGAACGACAACACCAGCUGCGACUGGAGACAGUAGUGGCGCAAGAUUCGUGGACCUCGGCAGCUACCGCGUCGGCGAAGCAGCAGGAGCUCAGCAGCGGCGGCAAUCGGCUCGACGCCAGCGAAUUACACCCAUCUACGUGGAUGACGAUGAUGGCAACGAGGAUGACAGCCUGUUCAUGCCCAAGUAGGAGGAGCAUCGGAGAUGAAGUUCUGGGUAUAAGCACGAAGGCUACGCAGGAUCAGCCGUCCGGCUUCCCAACAACACCAUCGAUGGUGUUCAGAGAGGUCGUGGAAGUUGGAGAUCAGACAGGGUGCAGGAUCGGUCGCUCGUCAGCGAAGAGGCAGCGCGCACAGCAAAGCCUCCUCACAGCCGCAGGUACGGCAGAGCAU